CAACAAUAACAACAACGGAAUCCAUUUGUUGAUAUUCUGUUUGAUGAAUAUUUUGAUAUUUUCUCUUGAUUGUUGUUGUGGAAUUUUUUUAUUGAAAUCAUCAAUUAUCAUCGACAACAUCAAUAAAAAUGUGUAUUAAUCGAAGUCAACGUCAUUAUUGUCUACAAGGGACAUUAAUUGGUCUAUUAUGUAUAUGUGUAAUUGGUUUUGGUGCUAUAAUUACCAUAUAUUUAGGUGUUUAUUAUUCUACUGAACAAAUUGUUGGUCUACGGCCACAACGUAAUAUUAAUGAAGAUGAUCAAUUUUUAAGUUCACAAAGUGAAAGUCAUUCAUUGAUCAAACGAUUAUUAAGAAAAAGAUCGAAUUAUCAACAACAAACAACAGCAACAGAAUCGUUUGAAGAAAAAUUGGUAACAACAUUUUAUCGACGAAAUUGUCCAUGGAAUGAAUGGAUUGUACAAAGUUCAAUUCUUUUAGAUCAAUGUCCAUAUAUUCCACCACAAAUGCCCUUUGAUUCAAUGAAUAAUGUACAAUUUAAAAAUUGUCUUCGUGAUUCAUUCUGGUAUAUGGGCAUGGCAUCAAUUCUACCAUUCAUAUUAACAUUGAUCACAUUGAUUUCUGUUUGCCGUUUAUGGCUUUGUCCAAUCAUUACAAUGGCUAUUGUUUAUUUGGGAUUAGCAUUAGCAUUAAUCAUAUUUGCUAUUAUUUAUAAAUCUGGUUUAAUAUUAACCGAUGGUUGGCCAUUAUUUAUUGGAAUAAUUGCAUUAGUUUGCCUAUAUGCAUUAUUAUCAUUAUUAUUAAUUUUAUUAUUCAGCCUGGUCAAAUGUGAACGACGACGACAACAACAAAAUGGUCUAACAAAAACAAAUGGUACAUCCGAAAAUGAUCGUAUGAUGAAAAUGUCCGAUGAUGAUGAUGAAAUUGAUGAUCCAAAUGUACCAUUAUAUCAUCAUAAAAAUGGUUUAUAUUCACCACAAAAACGUACGGAUUUUGAUGAUAAAAUUAAAGAUUUUAAAUAUAUUGAUGAUGAUAUGAGCUAUGUGUUACGUCGUGGAUAAACAAGAAGAAAUUGAAAAUCAACAUCAACAAACAUACAAAAAGAAAAAUUAAUGAAAAAAAAA